GCUCCGACCAUGGCUGUCCACGCCGCCUCCCUGACAGCCCUGCUGGCGCUGGUGGCGGUAGCCGCCGCCUCCAUAGCAGCCCACGACGUGGCCCCUCGAAAAAAGACCGCAGAACCCUUGAAGUGCAAAUUGGGUAACAGCGAUUGCAUAAAAGAUUUUCUGCAGAACGAUAUUAUUGGAAAAUUCAGUCAAGGGUUCCCGGACUACGGCGUCAAGUCCCUCGACCCUCUGGAGUACGGAGAGAUCUCCUUCAAGUACGAGGUGGGCGUCGGCACCAGCUUCGUGGUCACGCACAAGGAACCCAUCCUGUACGGGAUGGGCCAGACCAAGGUCAUCGACGCCAAGUCGACUCUGAGCGGCUCCAAGUACACCAUGCAAGCACACGUCCUCACCCCCAAGUACCUCUACGAGGGAUCGUACACCUGCGUCGGCGAGUGGAUGCUGUGGCCUUUCAGCUGGAAGGGCAAGUUCAACAUCUCCCUGGGCGACGUGCACGACACUUGGACGGUGAAGGCGAACCUCCUGACGAAGGGAGACGAGUCGUACCUGGACCUCGAGGAGGUCACCUUUGACCCCAAGGUGACCACGUACAAGGCGUACGCCUCGGGCCUCUUCGGCGACAUGGAGGAAAUAGGCCAGUUCGCCCUGGAGAUGACCAACAAGUACUGGAAGAACUUCUUCGACGUGAUGUGGAGGAACGUGGAGCCGGCCGUCGUCGGCAAGACGGUGGAGGAGAUUAAGGGCAUCUUUGCGAACACGCCGAUCAAGAAAAUGUUUUAUCUGUGAUUCCUCCACCCUCCCGCCGUUCUUUUGACAAAUAACAAGCUCCCCCUUUUAGACUUCUGACACUGAAUCAGGAUUACGUUUCAGUAGAAGAAGCUUCCAGAAAACUCGUUAAUGUUUAAGGGCCCGAUUUCAAACACCAUGAAACCACGCACAAGUGUUAGCAAUAAAGCCGGUCGGUACUUCAACAUUAUUCCAUGGUUACUGAUAAGACGCAAACUCAUUUUUCAUAAUUAUUUUAAUUAAUUCUGUUGGCAUUUUAAAGCUCCGAAACUGACGAUAUGGGGUUACUACUUAGUGGUAUUGAUUUAUUUGUUGAUGAGUUUAUCCUAUCCUCAAAAACCUAAAAAAAACCUAUAAAAAUAUUUAAAAAAAGUAUUUGGCCACGCAGCACGCACUGCGGCGGUAAACAUACUUGCUUCUGCUUUGGUCUCGUGACUACAACCGGUAUGACUGAAACAUUGCGCGCCACAUUCUGUCCUCGGGAGUUAGAGAUGUCGAGACAUUGACUGCACCCGAAAAUGCCAUGCUUGGCGCGCCUCAGAUACAACUGCAUCAGGCAUGUGGGUUUGCUAACACUUUGCGCAUUCUCUGAAGAAAUAACCUAAUCCGUCUCUGCUAGGUCCUUGCUUGCGCAAGAUAUGUAGCCUGGUAUGUAGCCAUGAAAAGAAGCCACGACACUCGUCAUGUACGUUACGUUCAAAACAUCCUAUCGCACGUGCUUUCUGAUCGGACGAGACAAACGAUACAACUAAUCUUAAUAAAUAUAGUUCUUGCUCUUGGAAAGUUUGAUGCCACAAAAAUUUCCAUAGUUCCAAAGAUAUUUACAGGGUAAAUACAUUUACAUUGUUUUAUAAUAUUUCGUCACUACUUUAACACGUUACGGCAAGCAUAUUGAAGCGUAACAUAAACAGGUAUACUUUGACUUUUUAUUGCAAUGUAUAUAUAAAUUCUUACGCCAAAAUCCAAUCCAGAAUCUCCCAUUCCGAAGUUAACGACUUCAAAAAACCAUGACAACGAAAAUAGCAUUUAUCGUUUUGUAAAUUUUAUUAAUUUAAUCAAUAAGCAUUUCUAAAGUUUGUGAGAUAUUUGAAUGUAAGCAAUGUUGUUACUUUUUUAAAAAGAGGAAUUUUUGGAUCUAUUUAAUAUUGAUUUAAAUAUUAUAAUUUGACUACGAAAUAUUAAUUUUAUGUGAAUUCUUCCAGUACUGCAAUAUGUGUUAUAUCAACUAUGAUUACAUGUGCUUAGUCAUAAAUGAAUUAAUUCAUGUGAACAAUUUUUGUUACAUUGAUGAAGUGCAGAGUCAUUAUCCGCUAGAUAGCGCAACAGUUAUCAAUACUGAUUAGGUAACACUUAAAUGAACUGGGCUAGCAUAAGCAUCAAUAAACCCUUUGGCCUAGAUUCCUCCAUUCCUGAUUGAUAUACAUUUCCCCCUAAGUCUGCCAACGAUUACUUUUAGAAAAUGUUCAACCCCAUAGCAUCUCCGUAAUUUAUAUUUAACAUAUUUUUUAUUUCCGUUUUACAUUUUAUAAUGAAAACUUUUGUGUGUAGGACAUUGUUCAUAGUACUUACAACUAGUUUAUAGAAAAUAUUAAUAAUUUUGUUUGUAAUUGAAACCUCGAGUGAUGUAUAACAACAGGGUAAUAUAUUAUUGUUUUGUAUUUUAAUAGAAAAUAAAUUUUUAACAAAA